ACAAAACCAGCCAGUCAUUUCAGACAAAUGAAGGAGUAUGACAAGCAAGAUACACUACAUAACCUCCGUUGUUCGAUAAAUCGAUUAAAUAUUUAACGCAAUCAAAGUAAUUCAAUAGUAUUAGACUGUUAAGAAUUUUUGUCAUUUGAAAUUGGACCAAAUUGUAAAACAAAUACGGUCACUGUUUGUUUAGGCAUCGAUAAGAUUAUUUUAUCUCAUUAUGCAUUUCUAGUAAAUAAGUAGUCAAAGAGCUUAGUUUGUGAUAAAAUAAUCAGUGUAAUAUGGGAUUAAUUGGCAAUUCAAGUAGUUGAUUAAGAAACUACAAAGUCAUAUCCUACUCUCGGGAAAUAUUUUUAAUCAAUCGGAGUCAGUAUAUAAAUGAAAAGUAAGAUUCGGCCAUUAAGCAGUUGCUGAGCAAGUUCCACCAUGCGUGUCAUAACUAUCCUAGCUAUUUGCGUUGCAGCGGUUGCGGCCGUCCCCACGAAUUCCCAGAGGAUUGCGGGUGGUCAUAAUACCAGCAUUGCCCGCUAUCCCAGCGUUGCUUCCCUCCUCUACACACCGAACUGGAGCCAAUACACGCAAGUGUGUGUUGGCACCAUCCUCAACAACAGAUCCAUCUUAACGGCUGCCCAUUGCAUUGCCGACGACGAAGUUGGCAGAUGGCGCAUUCGUAUUGGUUCCGUUUUCGCUAACAGUGGUGGUGCUGUUUACAAUUCAAAUCAGCACAUUAUUCAUCCCUCAUUCAACGCUGACACCUUGGAAAACGACAUAGCUAUACUGCGUUCCGCUACUGCUUUCUCCUUUAACAACGCAGCUCGAGCUGCCAGCAUCGCUGGCUCAAACUAUCACCUUCCUGAAAAUAGAUACGUUUGGGCGGCUGGAUGGGGCGUCACGAACCAAGGUUCAAGCUCCGGGUCUGAGCAGCUCCGUCACGUCCAGCUUGAGACUAUCAGCCAGAACACUUGCAGAAACAACUACGCUAACUGGGGUGUCACUAUUACUGACAACGUAGUGUGUGCUGGCUGGAACUUUGGAGGUCGUGGCCAGUGUCAGGGCGACGCUGGUGGCCCCCUCUACCACAAUGGUGCCGUUGUUGGUGUCUACUCUUUCAGCCUGGGAUGCGGUGUAGCUAACUACCCAGGAAUUAAUACUCGCAUUUCCAGUUACACCUCCUGGAUAUCAUCAAAUGCCUAA